CCCAGAACAGUCCCUCCUGGAUGCCAGGGACAGGCUGAGGGUCUGAGGCCAUGCUGCACACGCUCAGCUCUGGAGAGCAGGGCAGUAGCAGGAGUGCAGGGGUGCCCAGCUGUCACUCUGGACAUCGAGAUUCAGACACAGACAUCUCUCAUGGCUCCUUAUCACAUCUGCAAAUACCAGGAGAGAGACCGCAAAAGUGUCCUGGCCUUGUUCUCCCAGGGGAUGGAGGAGCACAUUCCCAGUGCUUUCCGCCACCUGCUGAGGCAGCCCCAAACCCUCCUGCUCUUACCUGGGGUCCCCCUCGUCCUCCUCUUUUUCUCUGGCUCCUGGCUCCUCGCACUGCUGGCCAGCCUUGCCGUCCUCGUGGUCCUGAGGCUUGCUGCCUCCUAUCCCUGGAAGAAGUACGUGGCCCUGAGUCUGCAGUCAGACAUGGCCGACAUCACCAAAUCCUACCUGCGAGGGAGUGGCUCCUGCUUCUGGGUGGCCGAGUCUGAGGGGCAGGUGGUGGGCACGGUGGGAGCUCUGCCCGUGCAGGAUCCCACCUUGAGGGAGAAGCAGCUGCAGCUCUUCCAUCUGUCUGUGGCCUUGGAGCACCGGGGUCAGGGGCUAGCGAAAGCCCUGGUCAGGACGGUCAUCCAGUUUGCCCGGGCCCGGGGCUACAGCGAGGUCAUGCUUGACACUACCACAGUGCAGACUGCUGCCCUGAGCCUCUACCAGGGCAUGGGCUUCGAGAUCAAGCACCAGUGCUACUUCCACGUGAGUGCGAGGCUGGUGGGUCUUUCUAGUGUUCGCUUAGUCUACCGCCUGCCUUCUUCUCAGGGAGGGGGCCUGUGUGGGAGCCAGGAGAGCAUCGACCCUGCUGUGGUCACAAGCCCACCCUGAUGUUUGAGUGCCAUCAACAAUAAAAGCUCUUUACUCUUGCAA